GAAAGCGGAAACACCCACAGGGCGCUCCCUGGGCCGGCGCUCGGACACACCCACGGGGGGGAAGGGGGUGAAUACGCCCCGAGAUCAGAAGGCGGCUGCGUCUCGGUCCUAUGCGCGCUGACCCUCUACUCCCGCGCGGGCCCCACUCAGGGGCGCCCCCUUCACUGCCCUCUGUGGCCUCCAGGGCAGGGGCGAGGCCCGGGGAGCAGCGGGGCAGCCAUGGCAGAGUCGGAGGCCGCAGCCGAGGACUUAGACGUCCUCAUCGACGACCUGGACUAUCUCCCGGGCCACUUCCACCUGGAGUUGCAGCUGAACUUUGAGCCGCGCUCCCCGGCCUUGCUCCGCGCCAGGGACCUGAAGCUGCAGCGGGACGGCCUGCGGCACGAGCUGGAGCUGGCGGCCGCCCCGCAGCGCCCCGCGGUGCGCCAUCUCCUGGGCACCUUCGCCUUCUACCUGGAGGAGUUGGACGAGGCCCGCGAGCACUUCCUCGCGGUGGCUCGUGAGGACCCGAGCAACCUCAACGCUUGGGCCAAUCUGGUGCAUGUGUACGGGCGGCUGGGACAGGAGGGAGAGGAGGAGGCGUGCGCCGGGAGGCUGGCCCGCCUCAUGGGCUUGGCGGCGGACGGCGAGGAGGCAGCCGGGGACCCUCAGCUCCACGCCGCGCGCUGCCUGGCGGAGCAGGGCUAUGCGCACGGCUUCGACGUGGGCUGCGCCAGCCCGGAGGAGCGCGCGCGGGUGCUGGCGGCCGGCAUCGCGCUCUACGACAAAGCUCUGGGCUACGGGCAGCAGAUCCCAAAGGAGGAGAAAAGGGGCUGGUACUUCACCAUGGCAACACUCUUCAUCAGGCUGGAUGGUAUCUUGCUAGAGCUGGGCAGCGAGGAACAGAAGAGGCUGCCUGCUUUCAACCGCACACUGGCCCUGCUCCGGCAGGUCAUCAAGUCCUUGAACCCGCACCACCAAGCUCUGGCCUGGUGCUACCUCGGAAUGCUGCUGGAGAGGAAGGAUACCUUCUCCACCACCCCCAUGGGCGUCCACGACUGCGGGUACUCGGGGACCGACCCCCUGGACUGCUUUGGCAAGGUACAUGCCCCAGCCACACCCAGUCUCCAAACUGGGCCAGAGCCUGUUGCCCAGCUUCCUUUCCUAAAACCUCCUGCUUCUCGGGCCAUCGAGACUGCCAAGGACCAACCCCCCAUCCUGAAUCGCCUGGCCAAAAUCUUCCACUUCCUAGGAAAACAGGAUAUGGCCAUUGGAACCUGCAACAUGGCCCUGGAUGUCCUACGAGAUCCAGAGCUCAACCGGCAGGCGUACUGCACAAGGGCCAAGAUCCACAUCAGAGCCUACCUUCACGACCUGGAACGAGCCAAGAUGGGGCUCGGGGGCAUGCCCGACCGGAGCCACCUGGCCUGUGCCAAGGCUGACCUAGAGGAAGUGGUCAAGGUGUGCCCAGGCCUCAAGACCUACCUGGACAUUGGCCAGGUCUACUACUACAUGGGCGUGGACGCGGUGCAGGAGCUGCUGGCGGUGGACGAGGCGGCGCUGAACCAGGCGCUGGUCUUCCUGGCCAAGGCCGGUGAGUCAGAGCUGGGUGCCACGCUGCCCGAGCUGCAGCUGCUGCGCGGCAAGUGCCUGCGCAUCAAGGGCGAGGAGGCCAACGCGGCGGCCUGCUUCAAGCGCGCGGUGGAGCUGGACGACGCAGGCUCCAGCCACACCGAGGGCUUCGGCUGCCUGCUCGAGGCGCUGCUGGCACAGUGGAGCCAGGCGCAGCUGAGCGACGGCGAGUUGGGCCGCGAGGUGGACGCGUGGCUGCGCCGCGCCCAAGGCAAGUACCCGGCGGCGCGCCUGCGCCAGGAGCUGCAACGCGUGUGGCGCGGCAACACCGGCGAGGUGCUGGGGCUGGCCCGGGCCUUGGUGACCCAGGGCCGGCCGGCACUAGUGCGCCUGCUCUUCGAGACCAUGGAGCGCGAGGGCGAGGGUGCAAGCACGCCGCGCUGCCGCCGUGCGUUCUCCUUCUGAGGGACCGCGAGGCGCAGUCCUGUCGAGGCCCGGCCUGAGGCCCGGCCUACAGCUGAUUGGCCCCCAUCUGGGCGCUAGACUGUCCCGCCCUGCCAUAGGCCGGCGCUUGGGUCGUGCCGGUCAGAUUCUCUGGUGAAUUGGAAGGGAGACGUUGAGGCACUAGAGCAAUUUGACGCGUCCACGAAGGCAGAAGGACCUGAUUAAGAAAAGCAAGGGAGACUGGGAGUAGACGUGAGAGCCGCUGGGAAACUGCCAACUGAAGGACAGAACUGUGCAAUAUAUGCAAAAUAAUUAGGUGGUUGCGAGUAUCUUAAGAGAUACAGAAGAUAAUUGCCUCCGUUUUGGCGGCUUUCUAGUGUCCGUGCCCAAUCCCUGAACCACGCUAUAUCCUUAUAAUAAAGGCUCCUUAAGUUGACUGGAGUGGGUGUCAGGUCCUGCAGCCCCCAAAGCCUUGGCUAGAGCAGAAGGCAAAGCUGCGCAGUGAGCAGGUAAGGGGCAGGGCGGUGUUAGACACGUGGCUGCUUCAGGCUCUUUAUUACCUGUGUAGUAGUCUUCCAGCAGUCCUCAUCAUUGGUCAGCUUGGCCUGAAAGGUCCCCCCAAGCGCCCCCUGCAAUAAAGCCCAAACUAGAAACUUAGUUUUUACUUCCCUGUUCUUGGGGGAUCCUAGGGGCCCCACCCAUCAGGAAGUGCCAUGUGCACCCAAUCUUGAACCUUUUACAAGAGAGUGAAGAAAAUCUUGGAAGUUUACACGCUUGGAAUCAAUCAAGAAUAUUAGAUGCAGACUUUUACUGUCAAAGACUUAGGCUCUGAUUGCCAGCAAAUCUUAGAAUGGCCAAGCUGGAUUCUUGUGGCCCUACCUACAAGACCUGAUUUAACCUAAAAUUACAAAUUAAGUUUUUGCCAGACUCCAGGAACGCUAGUUGUAAAUAACUGCAGUGGCAAGACCCGCACAAUGGUUUGUGAUACAUUUUGCAUUUUUUCCUCUUUAUUUAAAAAGUUAUACUCUUUACUGUUCUCUAGACUUGAUGCUAGGGAUAGGCCAGUUCCCCUGCAUUACUUUUCACAUCUCCAGUGACAGCUGGAGAGCAGACUGAGAGGUGCAGUCCUUAGAGAACAUGCCCUCCAAUGCUCUCGUGCGGGUGGGAAGACUGAGAGCCCUAGAAGGGACAUGGCUUGCCCGAAGUCAUGCUGCCUAGACUCCCUACCAGUGUGCCUCAGACUUUCAGUGUUUUUCAGGUUUGGAAAAAUACUAAUAAACUGAUCAACACUAAAGCCUUCAGUGUU